UAGUCUCUUCUCGUUUUUCUCCGUCCAGUUACGAUCAUUCACGCGCUUGAGUUAAAGAAGAUGGAAGAUAUUUCUUUGGACGAAGUGAUACGUCGACGCGGUUUCAACAACAAAGAAACAGUUAAAAUGCCUAUGUUCGGCAGGGGUGCAGGAGGGUUCGGGAGGACCUUUGAUGCUCGACAGAAAAUUGGGAUGACGGAUGUCAGACAGAGACUUGGUGGAGGAGGGGGAACUGCUUUUCAAGUGAAGGAUGCCAGAGAGAAACGCCAGAAAGAUGCCCGCUUUCGAAUCCGUGGCGGAGGAGGAGCAAGUGGGGUCCAGGAUGCCCGACAGAUGAUCAACUCACGGAAAGGAGGACAGAAUACAUUUAAUGUUACCCCACAGAGUUUACAGCAGAUACCAGCAGCACAGCUACAGACACAUGUGCAGCAGAUACAGAUACACACUACCAAUGACAUUGCCAGUGCAAAUGCCAGGCAGUUUACCCCCAACCUACAAGGAAUGAACAUUAGAGCUGGGGUUACGCCACAGCUGGGGGGUGCACCUAAGAGGAUGAUGGAUGCUCGUGAUAGACUGAGCCUCAAGAGGAGCAUUGGAGCUCCACCAAGCCAAGGAAUGGCGGCACCCAUGAAGAUCACCAAAACCAUCCAGCAGCAAAGGCCGGUAGGGAUGUCAAGUGGGAUCCAUAUGAACAUGCCAAGCAGGGGUUCCCAGUCUUUCUCAGGUGAUGAUGAUAUCCCUAGCAAACAGAUGAAGACCACUACUGGCAACCAUAUGCUACAGUCACGGCCUGGCACCCUGGGCUGCCCUUUCACUAUGUCAGCCCCCAUCACUAAAGUAGUCAAAAACGAUGCGUACACCGCUCCUCGUCCCCCAGUGCCUGUGGCACCCACAAGGCCCAACCCUAGUGUAGGGGCCUCCCGCUCCUCUACUCUCGCCUUACAGCCCAUCUCCAGGACCCUCAGGCAGGCAGGGCCCACAGCGGAGACCAGCUCCCAGCCUCCUCCACCCCCACAGCCUACAUUCAGUCCUCUGGAGGGGACUAAGAUAACAGUGAAUAAUCUGCACCCCCGUGUCACUGAAGAGGACAUAGUGGAGCUGUUCUGUGUGUGCGGUGCCUUGAAGCGAGCGAGGCUGGUGAAGGUGGGGAUUGCUGAAGUGGUGUUUGUGAGGAAGGAGGAUGCUGUGAGUGCCUACAGGAAAUACAACAACCGCUGUCUGGAUGGCCAGCCCAUGAAGUGCAAUCUUCACACAGGGAAUGUCAUCACUUCAGACCAGCCCAUUCUUUUGAGGCUCAGUGACACUCCAGGCAGUGGAAGGAAAGAAGGCCUGCCCCUCUCUUUGUCUCGCCCAGGGGGUCGUCCAGCCUCCUCUCAGCCCACACCUGAGGUGGAUCCCCAGACCAUCCUCAAGGCCCUGUUCAAAUCUACUGUCCAGACCCCCUCUACCACAGAGUCUCCUGGUUCACAGUGCACAGCCUUCCGCAUUAAGAUAUAACUUUCUAGUACAUCCACACAACAAAUAAUACAUCCACCCUCCUGUUUGACAGAGACAUCUACUGACAUGAUCAAAUAGCAUGAUACUGUAUUUGUAUAACUUUGACAGAUCAUUGGCAGGUUGUAACAUCUAAAAUUAACACACUGAUGCCGUCGUCCAGAUUUUUAGGAAAGAAAAACAUUUGUAGCCGUGGCAUAUUACAUAGAUGCAUGUCUCAUAACGGACCAAUGUGAGGCAGUCUGAUUUGUUCAUUUAUUAUUUUAAUCAAAUUUGGUGGGGGAUAAACUGGA